AUGGACGACGAAGCCCUAAGAGCGGAGGAGAAAGCUCUCGUUCGGAAGAUCGAUCUAUCCCUUCUUCCCACGAUAUGGCUCAUGUAUCUCCUGUCCUAUAUGGACCGCACCAACAUCGGCAACGCCAAAGUCGCGGGCAUGGAUGUUGACCUCCAUCUUACAUCAGGCCAAUACUCCAUCCCCCUCGUCGUCUUCUUCAUCACCUACGUCGUCUUCGAGAUCCCAUCCAACCUCAUCUUAUCAAAAACGAAGCCGUCUAUCUAUCUCCCAGUGAUCAUGACGCUGUGGGGAGCCGUGACAUGCUGCAUGUCCCUCGCACAUAGCUACCACACGCUUCUUUCGUUGCGGCUAAUAGUCGGUGUCUUGGAAGCUGGCUUCGCACCUGGUAUCCUGCUCAUCCUGUCUUCGUGGUACAAGAAGGAUGAACAGUCGAAACGCUUCGCUGUCUAUAUCUCCGUCGCUGUGCUGUCAGGAGCAUUCGACGGUAUCCUUGCCGGGGCUAUCACAGGCGGCCUUGACGGGGUACGCGGGUUAGAAGGGUGGCGAUGGCUCUUCAUAACACCCCAGAUCGUUGAAGGCGCCGCAACUGCCUUCUGGGCCAUCUGCUCCCACUUCAUACUCCUUGACUUCCCCGCCAACACCGCGCGCCUGACACCCCGAGAGCGGGAAUUCGCCAUCAGCCGGCUCGCCGCCGACGAAGUCACCUCGCGCACGGAGGACAAUCCCCGCCUCACUUCCCUCCAAGCCCUCGCAAUGUCACUGAGCAAUUGGAGGACGUGGCUGCUGACCGCAGGGUACAUGGUCAUCGUGGGUUCUUCAACGCUCUCAUACUUCUAUCCUACGCUAGUGAAGGAGCUUAGGUAUACGAGCCGUAUAGCGCAGUACAUAGUCGUCCCCAUCUACGCCGUCGCCUUCGUCGCCGUUGGCGUUACCGGCUACUUCAUGGACAAGCACCCCCAGCACCGCGGCGUCGUCAUCGCCGCCUGGCUCGCCCUCUCCACGCUCUGCAGCACCCUCGUCUGCACCAUCUACAACUUCACCGCGCGCUACGUGUUCCUCGUCUUGACGGCGGCCGGCCUGUGGGCGUCCAACGGCCUAGCACUAAGUCACAGCGCGUCGACGUUCGGCUCCAUGUCGCAGGAGGUGCGGGCGGUGAGUCUGGCAUUCGUGAACGCGAUGGGGAAUCUGGCGCAGAUUUACAGCGCCUAUCUGUUUCCGAAGGAGGACGCCUCGAAAUACCUUCUCGGAUUUGGUGUGAUAUCGGGGAUGUGCGCUUUCGGGGUGGCGGUGUACGCCAUUUCGCACGUGGUUAUAAGGAGAUAUCCCUCCAAAUGA